CAGAAUAGGAACUAGAGCUGUCAACCGCACCCUUUACCCUUGUCUUCUGACACAGAUGGCUCGAACAGCCAACACAGGGGCAAGGGCUUGUCUGUUGACUGAAGACAAGGGCAGUCUAAUUAAGGUAAGAGUUCAUUUAAAAAAUAAAAAAAAACAUUAAAAAAAAUAAAGUGAAUACAUAUUUAGUAUUGCAAUGGAAUAAAAAAUUUAUCGAAUAAUUAAUGUAAUACAGUAGAAUUCUGCGUGAAGGCAUCCCACUGUAAUACAAAUUACCAUACAACACUGUCAUGGCAUAGCUCCUGAAAUUUCGUACAUUCAUUUACACACAAAAAGUUCUUGAAAAAUAACAUUAAUAAAUUUGUAUUCUUGUACAAAACAUUGACCAGUCCACUAAAACUUAAAACUAAUCCAUCUUCAACACCACAUAGCUAACUCACCACAAGCAAAAAAAUGAAAUCAACUAUCUUACUAAUUUUUUUAAAUCCUCACACUAUUUGCAUGGAAUGUUAUUAAAACCUUGUAAUAACAUGAACCAGCAGUUAACGAGAUAUGAUUUUAUGGACCCCCAAUAAUCUCUCAAUAGCUUGUUUAUACUUAUCCAAAAAAAGGUAUAAAAUAAACCAUUUCUACGUGCAGUGCCCGGAAGCUUGCUAUUUCUAAAUCUGGUUGUAGGAAACUCUUCAAUAUUUAUGUGCAAAUUUUAAAAGAUAUUUUUCUGUCACUUGCUUACAGGCCAUCCAGACUUUGGGAAGGUACUGGCAACGACGGCUUGUUUUGAGCAUCAACAUUGGAGGGUUGUCAGGAUUUGUCUUCCUUCUUACCCGAACCACUGCAUCCAUGACCUCAACAGCAGGUACCUGGCACCAAUAUCAGCAUGAAACUGUGGAUGAUGUUGUGAAAAAUACUAGUGUUGACCCACAAAGCAACUUUAUCAAGGAUGAAUUUGGCUGUGGGGAUAGUGUAAUUUCUCCAACAACACUGCGCACGGAUGCUGACGGAAGGGACACAGAUUCUAGCAGUGAAGGAAGCAGAGUAGAGCCACCAAAUCCAUUCCAGUAUGAAAGCAGUAGUGGAGAGACAGUCCUUCCCACUACUGCUGUAGAUUCCUCUGAUACCCUUAAUCUUCAACGUACAGAUGCAGAUGGCAAUACCUUUUGUGACUAAUUAUGAUCAAUCUUAAAUCCAUGCAUUAGUUUUAUUUCAUCAAGUUAAAAUUACUAAUGCAAAAUUGAGAGGGGUGGCGGCAAUGUGCCUUAUCAUCCCAGUUUUUGUUUUGUUAUUGUUGAAUUUUUUUUUCUUUUUUACCAACAAGGAUGUUUAUCCGAUGAGAAGGUAUAAACCAUAUUUAUUGUGUUUAUUUUGUUAAAAUUAUUAAUUCAAAUUGUUUAAAAAUAUUAAUUGCUACUUUUGAAAUGUUAAAUUUGUUUAUUUCUCAAGGCAAAUAAGCUAAUAAGUAUUGCAGUUAUUCUUAAUUUUUAAAAGUAGUGUUAAAGCUGAGUUUUCUGCACUGUCCUUACAAUUAAUAAUUAAGUACAUUUAAAAUUUGUUCAAUGCAAUUUGAUUUUUUACAUUCUUUGAUAAUUCUUUUGAUUCCAGUAAUUUAACAGACUGUAGUGAUCUGUGGAAAUACUCAAAUCUAGUCAAAUUUUUAAUUGAAUGAUGUUUGAAAGACACAUUGUUGUUAACUGUUGCUUUAAACUUUAAUGAGAAUUACUCAAAUUAGUUCAACUAUUGUUUUGGGGGAAAAAACACCAUUUUAAAUAAAAAUAAUAAUUUUUGUUGUGAAAUAUUUUUUUACCUUUUUGUUUUUACAAUUUCUAAAACUAAAAUAUAUGUUGUUGCAUUUUCAUGAAGAAAACUAAUACAAAAUAAGACUUAAACUAAC